CCUGCCUUCAUCUUCAUGCUUGACACAUUGGUCGUCACUCCCACUUCAUGGAUUCGCUGUUGCGAAGUUUGUGGUAAGUUUAUAAAUGGCAAUGGCAAGGCAACAUCGCGGUAAAAUAAAAAAUCCCUAGUUCCUGAAUCGUGACAUUUUUGUAACUAGGACAAAAUAUUGGAAAAUCGCGUGCUUGUCGUUGACUUUUUGUUGCCGAAAUUACAUUUUAUAAAAUAAUUACUUAAAAAUACACAAGCAAUUGGUCUAAAAUGACAUCGGUUCUAAUUGCCCGAGCUCUAGCUCCAGCUAUCCAUAGGUCUUUGAAACAAUUAAUCCAAAAUGGGUCGAUUUACAAAUUUCACAAUUACGUUAAAGUGAUCCAGGUCGCCGCACCACAACGCCAGAGACGCCUGUACUCUGAAAAAAAGGUUUUUGAACGUACUAAGCCUCACUGCAAUGUAGGCACAAUAGGUCAUGUGGACCAUGGAAAAACGACCCUAACCGCUGCUAUCACCAAAGUCCUAUCAGAUCAUAAGUUGGCGAAACUACGGCAGUACAAAGAUAUUGAUAAUGCACCGGAAGAGAAGGCUAGAGGAAUAACCAUUAAUGUAGCUCAUAUUGAGUAUCAGACAGAGAAUAGGCAUUAUGGUCACACAGAUUGUCCAGGGCAUGCUGAUUACAUCAAGAACAUGAUCACUGGAGCAGCACAGAUGGAUGGAGCCAUAUUAGUAGUAGCAGCCACAGAUGGUGUGAUGCCCCAAACCCGUGAGCACUUACUGCUUGCCAAACAAAUUGGUGUGAAACACGUUGUGGUAUUUAUCAACAAAGUUGAUGCAGCUGACAAAGAAAUGGUAGAGCUGGUUGAGAUGGAAAUCCGUGAACUGCUCACUGAAAUGGGCUUUGAUGGUGAUAACAUCCCAAUUGUUCCUGGUUCUGCACUGUGCGCCCUAGAGGGCAAAAACCCUGAAAUAGGAUCCGAUGCCAUCAUAAAACUACUGAAAGAAGUAGAUAGCUACAUUCCCACACCAGUUAGGGAAUUAGACAAGCCAUUUUUACUACCAGUGGAACACACAUACUCUAUUGCUGGUAGAGGUACAGUAGUUACUGGAAGACUGGAGAGAGGUGUGUUAAAGAAGGGUGCAGAAUGCGAGUUUGUUGGAUAUAACAAAACUUUGAAGAGCACAGUUACUGGUGUGGAGAUGUUCCAUCAGAUUUUGGAUGAGGCACAGGCAGGUGAUCAGAUAGGAGCACUUGUAAGGGGCCUUAAGAGGGAUGAUGUUAAGAGAGGUAUGAUAAUGGCAAAACCAGGUACAGUGAAAAGUCAUGACCACAUAGAGACCCAAGUGUACAUCCUUAGCAAAGAAGAGGGAGGUCGGCCAAAACCAUUCACUUCCUUUAUUCAAUUGCAAAUGUUCUGCAGGACCUGGGAUUGCCCUGUUCAAGUGGUCAUUCCAGAUAAGGAGAUGGUUAUGCCUGGAGAAGAUGCUAGGUUGAUUUUGAAAAUGUUGAGACCAAUGGUACUAGAAGAAGGUCAACGAUUCACACUCAGAGAUGGCGCACAGACACUUGGUACUGGUGUUGUUUCUAAGACAUUACCAAUGCUGUCUGAACAGGACAGGAUAGAUUUGACUGAAGGAAAGAAAGCUAGAGAAAAGAAGGCUGCAGCGAAGUAAAUUUAGGAAUAGGAUUUAUUCACUUAUUCAGUUAUAAUUUUCGGCUAUUCUCUAAGUUCCAUACUAAAAAUGUGUUAUACACCUAUGCAUUCAUCAAGCUGUAAAAUCAAUAGGCAUUACCAUGUUUAGCAGUUCUUUGGUUGCAAAAAUUAUGAUCUAUAAUAAAGGCAAAAUAUUCAACAACUUUGUUUUGAUCAUUUGACCGCAUGGUUUAGUUUAUUUGAAACAUGAUAAAAUUGAUAAAGUGUAAUUAGUAGGUUAAUAUAUUGUAUACUGUUAAGGAUAGUUAUGUCGAUUUUAUUGCAUUUUGUUUUAAUAAAAUGAUUUCUACUGAA